AUGGAGCAGAGUCAAGAGCCGUCCCCGAAAGAGCCGCCGCCUCAUGACGACCGCCACAAGCAAGGACAGCCCAAGAGAAGGCGUCUGAAUCGCCCAUUUAGCGCCUGCACUACAUGUCGAAAACUGAAGACCAGUCUCAGAUGCGAUUUACCAGCGCUGGAGCAGGAAGCAGAGUCAUCAGAGUCGGCCCUGCCUUUUGGCGUUGAAGCCCGCCUCGUGCGUAUCGAGGAGGGCCUUGAAACCCUCACAAAGCUAUUGACAACUCUGAGUGCACCGCCGAAGAUUGAUGAGAGACGAAGAGCUUCGGCUCAUUCCGAAAACUCUGGUGUACGCUGGACAGCGACUCCUGUCCGCCCCAGUUCAUCGCACCAAACCGGAGUGACAAGACCUGUACCUUUGCUAAAGAAUCUCCAACAACGUCUCUUCGGACCCAAACGCGAAUUCGGAGAUGAAGUCCUCGCAAUAGGAAACGUGGUAUCAACAGGAAUUCUCGGUGCCUCCCUCGCCCACUAUCUGAUCACAGUUUUUGUCCAACGCCUUGGGAAGUGGAUAGCUGUCUAUUCCGAGAACGACCUUCCGGAUGACCUGGAAGAGAGUCACCCCCUUCUUUUCAGCGCGGCGUGCCUGUUGGCAUCACCACAUGUGCCCAACGUGAGCAAAGAUACGAUUCAAAGAACAGACAUGUUAGUCAGGCGCUUGACCGCAAGCACGAUUCUGAAAACUCCUGUUCUGAGCCGGGAGUCGAUCCAGGCGUUACUGCUGCUCAGUAUGUUCAGCCCGACAAUCCAAACCGCCAUGCCUAUGGAUAGCUGGAUGUUGAGCGGGACGAGCGUCAAUCACGCCGUCUUAUCCUUUAACCUGGUAAACCCGGCUUCAGAAGACGAUGACGAUGCACGGUUGCGAAACCUUCGCAUCUGGAAUGCUUUGUGUCUGACAAAUGUCCAGUUCUCUGUAGGUAAUGCUCGACCGAGCGUGGUCUCUCAGCGUUUCGUAGACUAUUGCUCGCAGAUAUUGGAUUUUCAGACAUCAACUAUGGCCGAUGCAGCCUUAUUUGCUGAAGUAUUGCUCUACAGCAGGACUGAGAAGAUGCUUAACGACCUUCCCAUGGUCACUGAAACCCUCGUGGUCCCUGUCUACAGAGAGCUCGAGGAUUGGCAUGCAUCCUGGAAACAUGUCCUCGGAAGUUUCCCUCUCACAAACUCCAUGCCAGAUUUCAGUUACGACUUCUGCUACCUCCUGCUAUAUCGAGCGGCUUUAAAAGCCAACUCCGACUCAACAGCUGUUCAAGAAGCUAUCAUUCAGAUGGCCAGCAAGAUUCUCGAACGGUUCCUCAAUUUGGACUUUUCGGUUGCUUUAGAAAUGCCCGACUUUUUCUUCUUCAUUGUCAUAUAUGCGGCUCUCAACUUGUGCAAGUUUGCCGUCGGCCACCAUUUGAUCGCUGCCACCCAACAAUACCUCACGGACAUAGCGCCCAAUGACGAACACAUUGCCUACAGAUUUGGUGCCAUAAUCGGCGAAUUGCGAAGGGCAGCAGCUGAAGCAGGAGUAUCUCUUUCGGACGAUAUUGAGGCAAAGAAAGCAUUCAUGGCAGCGCAACUUCCUGCCACCGAGGACGGAUACACAUGGCAGAUGCUCACGACUGGGAACUUGGGCAAUCUGGAUUUCUCUCUUGAUGAUAUGGCUUUUCCUACAGAGGACUCACUGGUGCAUGAGCCAUGA